GGCUUUACUCUCAAAGUUUUAGCUUGAUUGUAUUGCGUGAUAGCGAAUUUAUUGAUGGCUAAUUAAAAUUAACUCAUCAGCUGAUUUCGUCUGCCUUAACAAAUUCAACGUGUCAUUAGCAGACGAACGAACUGUAGGGGAAAAAUAAAGAAUUACACGUUCAAAUCACAACAAUAACUCAAUUGUUGGCUGGGAAUGGUGAACGUCAUGAAUGAGAUCAGACUCAUCUACAAAGCUGCCGUGGAUGCCGUGAAGCCUGGUCAACUUGUAAAUCAAGCAGUCAGAUGUUUAGGAAAUGUAGUUACAAUUAAGGAAGAAUUGGAGAUUGAAGUUGACAACAACUGCCAUGUGAUCGGAUUUGGAAAGGCUGUGUUAGCAAUGGCUCUCCAAAUGGACACAAUUAUUGGGCACCACACGAUGAAAGGAAUCAUCUCAAUACCACAUGGAGUGAUGUCACAGUACAGUCUGCCAGAUCAGUUUCUGAAACGGUACACCAUCUAUGAAGGUGCGGUCAACAACAUUCCCGAUGAAGAGUCCUUAAAAGCAACUAAAGAAAUAGAAGAAAUGGUUUCAAACUUGAAAGACUGUGAUGUUUUGUUUGUAUUAAUAUCAGGAGGUGGAUCUGCAUUACUGGCAUCACCAGUAGAUGACCUCACUCUGGAUGACAAGCAGAAAACCAUACAACUAUUGUCAAAGAGCGGUGCAAACAUACAGGAAUUGAAUUCAGUAAGAAAGAAACUAUCUCGAAUCAAGGGCGGGAAACUAGCUCAGCUUUCAUACCCAGCUACAACCGUGGCUCUAAUUCUCUCUGACGUUAUCGGCAACCCACUUGAUGUCAUAGCCAGCGGACCGACUGUCGAAAAUAAAGAUCCACAGAACAGAGGCUGGAAUAUCAUUCAGAAAUACCAGUUGGAAAACCAACUGCCUGUAAAAGUAGCAAAGUGUCUCUCGUUCACGUCGCCUAGGAACGAAAUUUCAUUCGAUCACGUCCGGAAUUAUUUGAUUGGAAGCAACCUAACUGCGUUACAGGCAGCUGAAGCUCACGCUACCCAGAUUGGGUUUGUCACGGCCGUCUUGAGCGACCAUAUUCAAGGAGAAGCCAAAGAAAUAGGCAAGAACUUUGCUCAAAUAGCUCGAAUUGUUGCCCAGAUGAUGGCAAAAUCUAACGAUCAACAUAAACACAUGGAAGCGUUAUCUGUCGCGGCGGAGAACUUGAACGUUGACCCACGUUUCUGCUGCACCCUGGAGAGGCUGAUUCGAGGAUGCUUCAACACUCGCAAAAACUUGUGUCUUAUUGGUGGAGGAGAGACCACAGUGUCAGUUCGAGGUUCUGGUCUCGGAGGAAGGAAUCAAGAAAUGGUGUUGAGCUAUUUGGUGGAAACAGCUGAGAAUCCAGCUUCCUUAGACGAACUAGAUGUUGUUUUUCUAAGCGCUGGAACAGAUGGUAUUGAUGGGCCGACUGCAGCAGCUGGGGCUACGACUUGUGAUGGCCUAUUUAAAGAAGCUCAAGCACAAGGUCUUGAUCCCAUCACCUACCUGGAUAACAACGAUUCAUACAACUUCUUCCACCUAUUUCAGCAAGGUAAUUAUCAUUUGAUCACUGGGCCAAGUGGCACCAAUGUCAUGGACAUCCAUAUUCUUUGCUUUAAUUGGAAGCAAAGAAAUGUAUCCUUGUAGUUAUGCUUGCCGGCAAUCUUUCCUAUCGAUCAAGACCAAAAUGUGUCGACAUAGGCAUGUGCAAGCAACAGUCAUUCGUUGUGUUAUCGGGCAUUUAAAGAAUAAGGAAGUGUAUACAUAAUUCAUUGGCCUACCAACUGCGUCAAAGCGUCAAGUGGAAAAUAACCCCGACCACCGACGUUUUGUAAAUGUUUUUCUUUUUGCGGUUAUGAUUUUCCUUCCGUAGCUUGACAAAGUUAUUUCUCAAUCACCAACAUUUCGCCUCGUUUCCCUUUCAGUUCCGUGCCUUCUGAAAAAGAGAUAAAGAGAGCAGUUCUUUUUUAAAUUAUAAAUCUUUGUAUUGAAAUCUCUUCACAGCUCAAGUUUAUACUGUUUAUAUAAGAAAAAUGCUUAAUUAGUUUGGAAAGGAAAAUCGUAAUAAAUCUGAAAAUUAAUACAAAUAAAAUUAUAGCAACUAGCAUAUAAUAUACAGCUUUUUAAAUAAAUUGACAUCACAAAAGUUAACGCCAACGUGGUCUCACCGACCCUUGUUGAAGUCUACGAACGGUAGCAGGGCGAGAUGUCACUGACGACAGAGAACGGCGACGAGUAACUGCAUAAAUAUAAGACUUAAAUAACUCGAUUGAAAUUUAUAAAUAUUGAUAACAGAGGACUGACCAUUUUGUAAGUUAAUCCGUGGAAGUGAUGGCAUUUCUUCAACUCGCAUCUCUCCAAUAAAAACGUUGCGGUUAGUUAUCUGAUAAAAUGGAUUGGAUGUGUUGGGUUGACGUUCACCAGUCAACAAAUUUCGGGACAGUUCUUGGUGUUGUUUCAUCAGUUCCUUUCUGUUAUUCUUCUCAUCCUCGGAAUAGCCAUCGACGAUGAUGCCAAUAAUGUUGUCCAUCGAGAAGUUCCUCCUUUCUGAAGUGAUCGAUUCUCUGCAGACUGGACACCCGACAAUAGGUGCUCUAUUCUUUUCAAAAUUCUUCCAUUGAGUGACACAGUAUUGGCAGAAUGUGUGCAUGCAGUUUAACGUUGUGGCCUGAAAUAUUUGUUGGAAAUGUCAACGAAACUAAUUUUGUUUAAAACUGUCAAACUUACAGACACCAUGAGCUCCGAACAGAUACCGCAUCGUAGCUCAAUUUCCAUUCGCUGCAUUUUGUCUACGACAUUGCUAGAUGAGGCACAAUCCUAAUUAAUAAAAGAAACAGUUAGACUAUAAAUCAAGUCGUGCAAUAAAAUGAAAUGUCACACCUGAUUGCCGGCGACGUUCUCCUUAGCGUGGUCCUGUUGAGCUGCUUUAGCCAUGAUUUGUUGUUGUAAAGUCCUGACUUGUUGUAAUUCUCUUUGAACACGUGACUGAACUUCGGAGUCGACUUGCAGAUGCAACGUCAAUCGGAAUUUCUCCUUCAACAACUCACACUGCUCUUCUCGUAGCUGGUUCAGUCGUCUUAAAAGUUGGCACGUGCGCUCAAACCUGGCCACAAUUCGAUCUUUCGAGAUUCGGAGUUCUUUUUCCUAUUUAUACGAAUGCAUAAAUUUUAAUUAUUUAAUGAUAGGACUGCGGUACUUACUCGACUUUUCAGCUUCACAAUUCUGGCUUCGAGUUUCAGUUGACGUUCACGUGUCUGUUUUCCCAUCUUGAUGCUUGAUGUACGUCUUGAUCAGUAGCUCGUCGAUGUCGAAUGAAGUCUCAGUGGCAGAAAUGUUCUGCGAACUAAAUGUUUUUGGAUUAAGUAUCGAUUGAGAUGAUCGAAUUGGGAAUUUUUUUUUGUGCCGAUAAUAUUGGGAAAAGUUACGCAAUUUAUUGUAGCAAUAAAAUCGUAAUUUAUUGUAAAUUUUGUCGUUGAUUCCGAAUUGGCAUAUCAUUAAUAUUCGGUCGAAUAAUUUUCGAUUAUGAUUCUAGUUGCAGUUAAACGAAAUGGAUGGCGCAAUAAAAAUUCCCAUCCUAUUUGGUAAUUUCCCGCUAUAACUAGACAAAGUGUCCUCCAAAACGGAAAAGAGCACUCUAAAUUUACAUUCCGUUGUGAUCGCUGUAGCUAACAGGAAGAAAAUGCAGUUGUAUCUUGUUAUAAUUUUUAGGGUUCCCUUUCUGAUCGUAGGCUCAUUUUUCUAUAGGAAAUUCUGUAGACCCUCUCGGUGCCUUAAUUUUUCCAUUACAAUGUAUUAACUGCCGUCGUAAUCAGAUCUGAUGUAAUAAAGAUUGCUAGAGAGUCACGUUUUACUCGAAAUCCAAUUAUUAUGUUAUCGAUUGGAUAUAGCGGCUGUUUCGGCUCUUUGUGUGUGUGUUACUGAGCGAUUUAAAUCUGACCGUGAAAUCCUUAUAGUUAUCAAGAACCCAACCGUAAAAACUGGAUUUCAUUACAAGCGAGAGAGGGACGACACACUGAUCAAUAUUAAUAUAGUUAGUUAAAGCUUUAUCGAACGCAUUCAUCGAUUUAGGUUUAGGCAAUGUCAUUAAAUUAUUGCUGUUGUUGAAGUCGGGGUUCCCGUUGCUAUGGCUUCUUAAUGGUAUGAAAAACGCUGCAGUUCACAUCAAUUGGGAAAAUGUGAAAAUGCUUUUAGUUUAUAGUGUAAUUUGUAUCUAACAAUGAAAGAACAAUUUUUUUGUCAGCCUGUAUUUCCUGUGGUAUAAUGCAGAAAAUCCCAUUACACAAUUAUUUAAUAUAAAAGAGCAUAGUAUUCAUCUAGCCAAUAUACAGGCCACAUAACUGGGAAAUCUAUUUAUGUUGAUCAAUCAGUUUUCUAAGCUGGUCUUCAUUGGCUCCAGAAAACUCAGCAACCUAUAAUGAAACGACAGUUAGAAAGCUGUAAUUAUGAAAUUUUUAGAGAUGACUCACCUUUACACCAUUCUUCAAGUAGAGGAAUGUAGGCAUGCACGAAAUGUUGUACUCAGAUGCAACAUCUUCACAUUCAUCCACAUCAA